AUGACUACAUUGCGGGAUCGAGACUCCUUGGUUGGGGCUGGACUCUGGCUGUGUGGUUUUUUUGACUUUGGCGCCCUGGUCUCUUUGAUUGUUAUUUUUUUUUACCCUUGGAGCAGGUGUUUGUUGGGAAAGAGAGAGCAGCCGCCCAACCGGCCGCCGCUCAGACCACGCGAUGUUGAAACCCCCCCCCCCCAUGUCAAGACGUUUUUGUCAAAACAGCAACAAACAGUGUACACACAUUCUCUUUACUCAUGUCUGAUAAACAUACAUACUACUACUCAUAAAGACAAGUCUCUAGCUGCAUGA